AUGGAAUGUCCUAUGUGUUUUGAAUUCUACGCUCAAGAUAAAGUUGCGAGAAAUCUUCUUUGUGGUCAUACGUAUUGCACCCCAUGUCUUGAAACAUUGUAUAAUGUAAGUAAAAGAAUCGAAUGCCCUCUUUGCAGGACCAAACAUGACCCUAAUAUGAAACCUCAUAACCUAAGCAAGAAUUUUGUGGCUAUGGACUUGGCCUCAAGGCAUUUAGACGAAUAGUAAGAAGGACCCAUUAACAAUUAGAAAAUCAUUUGAACUAUGCUCAAUACAUUCUAAACAUCCAUUACAAUUUUAUUGCGAAGAUGAUUAAAAAGAUAUGUGCACAGAAUGCAUAAGUGAUCAUUAUGGACAUAAGUUCUUUAAAUAUGAACAUUCUGGUAUUGAGCAAAUGCUUAAAUUAGUAUCUUUAUAACUUAAUAGAGUAGGGAGAAUCCAAUAAAAACUAAGGAGUCAAUAUGAGACACUGGAAAAAUAGAUAAAAGAUUUUGAUGAUUGUAAGGAGAAAUUAGAAGUUGAUAACAUAAAAUUGGUACAUAUUGUAAAGUAGAAAUUAGAUCUAAUAAAUUGACGAUUAAUUUGAUAUAAUAAUUGAAAAGUGUGAAAAAAGGAGAAAAGAAUUGAAAGAUAAUUUGCUAAAAAUGUUCAAUUUAGAAAGUGAAUAGAUAGAAUCGAAUUUAGUAAUGAAUCAAUCCUUAUUAACUGAUAUGGCUCUCUUAUUGGAGAAAUUGGAGUCAAAGUAUAAUGAAUUAAGUACUAUUGCUUGAAAUAUAUAGAGAGUACAAAAGUAUUUAAAGGGAAUGAUCCCAUCAAGGAGAUUAAUGAUUUAGAUGAAUCUGUGGAUAGAGAUAUUGCGUAACUAAAAUCAUUGAAAGGAGGUGAAUUAAAAAUAUUACCAAAAUUAUAUUUUGAGUAAAACCUGAUUAUUGAAAUUCUCAAAUACGGUCAAUUCAAAAAUGAACUCUAAAAUCCUUAGAUAUGCUAUUUUGGAGAGAAACAUAAAAUUUUAGUUUACAACAUCGAGAAAAAUGAUUGGUAAUAUAGAUAGAUGGCGAAUGUAUGAUAUCAUUAAUUAGUAGAAUACAUUUGAUUACAAUUAUUACGCUGCUGCUGCAAGUUUGCCCAAUGGAGACAUCAUAAUGACUGGAGGGGGAGUUAGUAGAAAUGUUAUGUUGAUUUCGCCAUCCAAAGGAUUUUAAUAGUAGGCUUUGAAGAGUAUGUACUAUCCCCGAAAAGAACACGCUUGUGUUUAUCUGGAUGGACAUGUUUAUGCAUUAGGAGGGUAUUUGAGAAAAAUGAUCUAAUAAGUUAUGAUGGUACUUCAAAACAGAUGUUAUCCUGUUGUGAGAAGUAUAGUUUGGUUGCAGAUGAAUGGAAGAUGAUUGAUCCACUUUAAAAGUAGAAAUGUGCUUUUGCUGCUGCUGCAGCCCUGAAUAAAUAUAUUUAUGUGUUUGGAGGAUUCGAUGGAAGAGAGAGACAAAACACCAUUGAGAGAUAUUCCGUAAAAGAUAAUCAAUGGAAGGUUUUGGAAUUCAAAUUCAAGUAAGGAUUUAGUAAUGCAGCAGCACUCACUUAUGACGACAAUUCAAUUCUCAUUUUAGGAGGAGGGUAUACCCAUUUAUCCUUAUUAUAAGUUCUAAUCAAGGUUUUAGUAAUAGUUUACAAGUCUUUGACACAAGCAAUCAAACAAUUAGGAUUAUUAGUAUGAUGACAGAGGGGAGGGAUUUGAGAAAUAAACUAAUCCUCUAUAACAAUUACUUAUAUGCAUGUGGUGGCAAUACCAGUUCUAUUGAAAAAUUUUCCAUAUCCCAAUAGGUCUGGACUACUCUGAAGUAUUUAAACUUUGCUAUUGUUAAAUUAGAAGUUAUGAUUACUUAGUUUAAGAUAACUUGGAUUCUUGGUGUAGUGCCUUCACUUUUGAUAUGAAUGAUUCGUAUUCUUUAUCAAAUUUGAUGAAAAAAUGUUAAUCUAAAGAGGUAAAUUAAUAACACUAUAUUUUAGUUAUAAUAAUAUUAACAAUAGGAAUAAAUUAUGUUUGAGAAUGAUUCAUUCAAUCAGGAUGGAAUGAGUGAUGUAUCGGAUGACUAAUUUUAUGGUAAUCAAAGUCAGGUUUAGUAGAAUUAUUGGUAUUGA